AUGGAGCAUCCUCAUCGCUUUUCGCCCAAAGCCCUCAGAAAUGUUGUUCUUUCCCUCCUAAGUCCCACCGUUCAGGCAAACGGGUGGUUUGGGGGGCACACUGUGUCCCUGGGGGAGCGGAGCGCCGCGGCCGCCGGCCAUAAACCCGCCCGGCCGGCGCUGCGGUUGUUCCGCUGGGUGAACGGGCUCAGCCCCUUCUCCCGACCGCCGGAGCUGCUUCGGGCUUGCCCGACUAGCCCGGCUCCCGUCACCCCCGGCACGGAGCGCGGCGGGCGGGUGGCACCUGCCGCCGUCUCGGCGCCCUCGGCCGGGGCUGAGGCGCCCCGGGACGCGGGAGCCGCUCCGCGGGGCGUGGCCGGCGCUGAGGGGCAGCGUCCGGCCGUGAGCGGGGCUGUGGCCCCUUCAUCCUUGGCGCCCGAGACGAUUCGGGGCCGCCGCGUUCUGGUCGCUUUCCCGGUGCUGAUGAUCCCCAAAGGCAGAGGGUCCCUCUACACUGCAAAAAUCACAGAAGAAAAGAAUAAAAUUUCUUGUUUGGAGGAAAAUGUUAAAAAAGACAAUGAGGCACUUGCUGAUCUGCAAAAGCAGAACGAGGACUUCAAGAAGAGCUGUGAUUCCUGGAAGCCCACCUAUGCAAUUCUUAACAAGCAGGGAGCAUAUUUGAAAAAUGAAAUUACAGCUGUAGUGGAAGAUACAGAAAAUGAGAGGAAAACCUACGAGAAUUCCAUAGCUCAGUGUAGAAAGACUUUGCAGGAACACCGCAAAAAAUGUACAGAAUCUGCUCUUGCCCAGAAGUAUUACAAAAAAAAGGAAGACGUUGAAGAAAUCCGAAAGGGAGUUUUGAAACACCUUGAGAAAUACAUAUGGAAAGAAGAUGCUUCCUUGGAUAUUCUGGAGUCUAUUCCUUUGACAUCUGUAAAUGAUUGGGCUGUACACAUUGCCUCCCUGAAGAAAAAAACACAGGAAACCUUGCAGCUUGCUGAAGCUGCUGCGCAGGAAACCCUCAAACUGGAAAUAGAAGCAGAAGAACUACAAAUGAAAAUGGACUACUUAAAAAAGACCUUCAAAGAGACUAAAGAAGAUCAAAAUAAUUCCCAAAAGAUUGAAGGAAAUAAACAGAAAAGUAUUGGGAAGCCAGAAGAGUUUAAAGAAAGGGUGUUUGAAGGGCGUCAGCACCCACCUCUGCCAAAGGAGAGACGUCAGCUGUAUAAAACAUUGCGUGUCCCGUGCAUUCCUCAGAAAUUUGUCCUGCCUGCACAGAGUUUCAGAUUCUCAAAGCAACGACCAGAAACAGGGAGAGAAGAAAAAGAGAAACCAGUGGAACUUUCAGUGGCCACCAGCUGUUCCUCCAGCCUUGCAGAAAAUUUAUCACAGGGAGUUGGACGUGAUGAGGAUGAUGGAAGGGCUGUUGCCAGGAUGGCUAUUGACACUGCAGGGAGUAAUAACCCACAAACUGCCCAAGUUCCAUCAGAAGUGGUCUUACAAAACCAAGUGAAAUUCAGACUGCCAGAUCGUCCAAAGCAGUUGACUUUCAAUCAACACUUUGAGAGUGAAAAUGCAGUAAUGGCAAGCCAAGAGGCCAAGCACGUUGAUGAAAACGCAGAUGAGCACAUGGGCUGCUUGUAUGUACCUCAAGAUGUGCACACAGGUUUUAAGCCAAAUGAAGAUAAUCCUGACAUAGCAGAAGAAAGUGCAGAACCUUUCUUAAGAGCACCUAAAACACCUGACUUAAAGGGGAAACACCCACACUUCUCAAAUACACCUCCAUUUGACUUCAUGAAAAAUUUAGGUUGUGAAGAAGGAACAUCAAAAUCUCCUGCUUUCUUUUCUGUCAUGAACUUCUCGCACAGGUCACCUGGUUUUAAUUUAUUUGAUUCUUCUCUGUUUGGAGCACAAAAUUCAUCUGAUGAGACAGAGGAAAAUUUUUCUGUGGGAAACAUGAUCUCUGUAUCCCCACACAAAGAUACUGAAAACUUCUUUGGGAAACCAGAAAAUGAGGAUGCAUUUGCCUUUCCCUUCCUCUCGGAAUCAACUCAUGUGUUUGGAGAUGGAAAAGAGGAUGCUAGUUUUUCAUUUGCAUUUGGACAGGAUCAGAGAUCACCACAGUCUCCUAUGAAAGGUUUUCAUUCUAACACACAAAAUAGAAAGCCAUUUACACUCUUUUGA